CACGGGUGAGGGGGCAGGGUGGCUCCUCAGAACAAGGGUGGUAGUCACCGGGCUCUGCCCAGCUGCCACUGACCAGACAGACCCCUGGGCCCCUUCCCAUGGCAGAAGAGACCUUCCCCUUUACCUCCUCCUCACUGCGCUCUCUCCGCCUGCAGCGAGAGUGGCUGGAGUGGGAGGACCGGCGCAGGGCGGCAGCACAGCUGUGCCGGAGCCAGAGGUGCCCCCCAAGCUCCCGGGCCCGGCUCACUAGGCCUCGCCGCUCCUGCCGAGACCCAGCAGUCCACAAUGCCCUGUUCUCCGGCAACCUGCAACAGGUCCAAGCCCUGUUCCAAGAUGAAGACGCUGCCAACACGAUUGUGGAGACUGUGAGCAACCAGCUGGCCUGGUCGCCUGAACAGGGGUUCUGGGUACUGACCCCCAAGACCAAGCAGACGGUGCCCCUCACUAUCGCUGCAGGCCGAGGCUAUACCGACUGCGCCCGCCACCUCAUCCGGCAGGGAGCUGAGCUGAACGCCCGGGUUGGGGGCAGGGCUGCCUUGCAUGAGGCAUGUGCCCAGGCCCAGACUGACUGUGUGCGGCUGCUGCUGACCUUCGGUGCCAAGGUCAAUGUGUUGUCUGAGGAAGGCACAACCCCCUUGCACCUCUGCACAGCCCCUGAGUCCUUGCAGUGUGCCAAGCUGCUGCUAGAGGCGGGAGCUACCGUGAACGUAGCUGCGAGGGACAGCGAGGUGACACCUCUGCACGUGGUAGCUGCGCGUGGCCUGGAGGAGCAUGUGGCUCUCUACUUGCGGCAUGGAGCCAACGUGGGCCUGCGCACCAGCCAAGGUGAGACAGCCCUAAAUGCUGCUUGUGCAGGGGCCGAGGGCCCGGGCAGCAGCUGGAAGCACCAGACUGUGGUGCGCCAGCUCCUGGAAGCUGGGGCUGAUGCCCGGGCAGCCGGACGCAAGCGCCACACGCCACUGCACAACGCCUGUGCCAAUGGCUGCGAGGCCCUGGCUGAGCUGCUGCUGCGUCACGGGGCCUGUGCUGGAGUCUCCAACGCAGCGGGCGACACACCCAUGGACUGCGUGCUGCAGGCUGUCCAGGACACCCCCAACUGGGAGCCGGAGGUCCUCUUCGCAGCGCUGCUGGACUAUGGGGCCCAGCCAGUGCACCCUGAGAUGCUGAAACACUGUGCCAACCUCCCUCGGGCCCUGGAAGUCCUGCUUAAUGCCUACCCUUGUGUCCCAUCCUGUGAUACCUGGGUGGAGGCAGUAAUCCCAGAGCUGUGGCAGGAGCAUGAAGCCUUCUACAGCUCGGCCCGGGCCAUGGUGAACCAGCCGAGGCGGCUGCAGCACCUGGCCCGGCUGGCUGUGCGCGCUCAGCUGGGUAACCGCUGCCGACAGGCCGCCGCCCGCCUCCCACUGCCCCAGCUCCUCAGGGACUACCUGCUGCUGCGUGUGGAGGGACGCAUCCAGUGAACACCAUGCCAGGCUGUUCCCGCAGCUUGUCCUGCUUUCUCCAUCCGUCUUACCCCCCCAUCCCCAGAGGACCAGUCCCUGGGCCUCUGUCUACACUCCGCAUACCCUCCCGGGCAAGCUCAUCCCUCCACUGGCUUCUUGAGCCAACUGCUGACCUCCAACCUGACCUGAGCUUCAGCUCCUCUCUCGGAUGGGAAGGUCUGUAGGCUCAACCUUCGCCAACUUCCUCCCCUUUGCCUAAGUGGGUGAUGGCCCAUCCAUCCACCCAGGCCCAAGCCAGGAGGUGGGAAUCCUUGUUGCAUGCCCCCACCUUCUGCCACCCAACGUAUAUGAACAGUCGACUUCCUAAAGAAUGACAGACCCUGCCUGUAGCUGUACUGCCUCUGCCUAACCUGUCACUGUCAUUUGAAGGGAGGACCUCACUGACUGGUUUUGAAACCCAUGCUCUUGAAAGCCUUUGUUUCCAGGUGUUCCCCCCCCCCUUGGUAUACCCUCCCCACAUUUUUUUCUUCCCCUGAUUGAAGCUGAUAUUAUCCUUAAGAUAGCCCAGUAGCACUAUUUGAUCAACCUGGCAGGUAGCCUUCCUUGGUGUCAUACCUAUUUAAGAGCCUGUGUCUGCAUCAGUUAGGCUGAGACUGGCAAGAUAUUCCCUGAAGAAGCAUUUCUGUAAAUGGUUGUUGAGGGAGGAGUAAAUGCAUGAUGCCUGGGACUCAUUUAUGGUUGUUUUGUGCCCCCACCCCCACCCCAGUGAUGCAUAGUGUCUUAAACAGUGGUCACUACACUCAUGACUCUGAGGGUCUGUGACAAGAGGACCAGCCACCAGCUGUCCCCUCUCUCUCUCACUUCCUCCUCUGGUUCCAGAGUCAAAUGUACCACUAUUCAUCUUUAAGAGGAAGCUUUUCGAGCCAAGCUAGUUUUUACGAACGCAAAUAAAUGAUUUGUGCACAGGAGCAAUGUGUGAAUAUUGUCAGGUUGAAAUGUGGCUGAACUACCUCUCUCUGUGUGUUUAUUUCCUCUGCUUUGUUGUCUUCUGCGGUUCUCGAAUUUUCUGCACUGAGCAAC